AUGCAAGAAAGUGUACAUGGAAACACAUCUAUUGCAUCUGCCGUUGUUGACUCUACAAAUAACGCUAUAGACCAGGGGUUUUUGUUGCUCGACACUUUACUAUAUUAUAUAUUCAAUGCAGUUGUGUUGCUAUUAAAUUUGACGGAUGUUGUUGGUGAAUUCACCGAGAAGGUGUCGUUCAACUAUCAGAUAGUCUACACAUCAUUUAAACAUAAAUUGUAUAAUAAUAUAAAUUGA